AUGGCUCUCGAGGUGUUGAUCUUGCCCUACUCCUGGUUUAAAUCAAGAACGGCGUUCCUCGAGCUCCAGUGCUUGAUAAACAAGGCAUACGACAAGCCCCAACACCAAUUCAAGCUCAUUGAAACACCGCGAAUCUACACGGAGACCUCGCUAUUGAAAGAUUUGUACAUUAGCCCCAACGAUGAAUGUUGUUUUUAUUUGUUGCUUGGUGGUUGUAACGAGAUCCACCAGUUUGAAGAACAAAAUGGCGUGAGGAACUUUAAAGAGAGACAAGUUGAGGCAUGCUUUGAUUGCGACAUCACUGAGGAGUUCAUUUCGAAGUUCGACUUGUCGCGUUUGGACGAUGCCAAGAUCACCAUCGCUGAUGAUUCCUUUGAGAUGGAUGAUCGUGUAGUGAGGCGCUGUUUAGUUGCACUCGCGUUGAAGACAUACCACGGUCAAUUAUUCCAGAGUUCGGAGACCAGAGCUAAAGUUUACGAAUUGACGGCAUUCUGCUCGUUUAUGAGAAACGCAGCUGCAAGGUUUCUCAACUACGUCAUUGACCAUCUUUUGCUAUCGCCAGACUUGUUUCAAAUUUUGAGCACAUCCACUAAACUCAAGGAGCUCGAUGCGAUCAUCAUCCACGCGGAUUACAUUGUUGAGCAUAAUCUCGAACAGUACUAUCUUGCAAAAUGCGGUUUCCAAAAGCUGCCGCAGGAAGAGGAUACGCAUAUUAAGGUCAACCUGGAUGGUGCUGCAACUUAUCUCGUUGCUGAAAAGACGGUUGUUGCAAAUAGAGAUUUCCAUAUUUCGUAUAUUUAUAGAGUUAUAGAAGUAGCGUAA